UUCUUCAUGGAUAUGACUCAAUAGUGACAGGACGUAUAGCUACAAUGCUGGAUGACUGUUGAUUUACGAAAGCCAAGCCGCGAGUAUUCUGUAAUCGUAAAGUAAUUUUGCAACUAAUAUUGCUUUAUUAUUAUCUUAACGAUUAAAAGAAACGGCUUAUAAAAAUGUUCCGCAAUCAGUACGAUAGUGAUGUAACAGUAUGGAGUCCACAAGGACGUCUGCAUCAAGUAGAAUAUGCUAUGGAAGCUGUAAAAUUAGGCUCAGCCACUGUAGGCCUGAAAAAUAAAACACAUGCUGUUCUGAUUGCAUUGAAGAGAGCAUCUUCGGAACUAUCGGCUCACCAGAAAAAGAUCAUACCAAUAGACAAGCAUAUGGGAAUCAGUAUCUCAGGUUUAACUGCUGAUGCAAGAAUAUUGAGUCGUUAUAUGCGAACCGAAUGCUUGAACUAUAAGUACGCUCAUGAUGAUACAUUACCCGUGAGCCGUUUGAUCACGUCCUUGGGAAAUAAAAUGCAGACAUGUACACAGAGAUAUGAUAGACGUCCGUAUGGUGUUGGUUUACUCGUGGGAGGAUAUGAUGAUCAAGGCCCGCAUAUAUAUCAGACAUGUCCAUCGGCGAAUUUUUUCGAUUGUAAAGCAAUGGCUAUAGGAUCUCGUUCUCAAAGUGCGAGAACAUACUUGGAGAAACAUUUGAGUGAAUUUUUAUCGUGCGAUCUCGAUGAAUUGGUAAAACAUGGCCUUAGAGCGUUACGCGAUACUUUACCUAAUGAAGUUGAUCUGUCAGUGAAGAAUGUUUCAAUUGGGAUAGUAGGAAAAGAUUAUAAUUUCACGAUUCUUGACGAGGCCACAACAGCCACCUAUUUAUCUCAGAUCGAAGGAGAUGACAAACGCGGAAGACCUGCAGAGCAGGUUGCACAGGAUGAUAGACCUCCACAAGAUCCGCCUGCCGACGAAGGACCGCAAGAUCCUCAAGUAGCCAUUGCUAUGGAUACAGAUUAAACAAUAAUAUAAAAAUUAAAAUAAAAUCAUAUAUAAAAAGUUUA